CAGGACCGGCCCAGCCAGACCCGCCUGCGCAGGCAGCGGCCUGCAGGCUCUCCCGGGCCUCGCUUGCUCCUCCCGUGCUCCGGAGGAGGCCCGGGGUUGACCUACAGGCGUUGCCGGGCAACGGCAACGGCGACGCGGAGCCGCCAUGGAGGCGGCGUCCCUUCCCGCCGCGCUGGAGCUGGCGGCCGGCGGCGGCGGCGCAUGGCUGAGCCCGGAGAAGCUGGCGGUGCUGGGGGCCUCGCUGCUGCUCCUCCGGCGCGACUACCGCUUCGAGCGGGUCUGGUUCUGGGGCUGCGUCCAGGGCGUGCGCGGCGCCUACUACAUCGCCGAGGGACUGGGGGCUGACCGCGCCGCGCCCCGCAGCCGCCUCUACAGCUUGAAUUGCGUGGAGUGGAGCCUCCUGCCACCAGCGACCGAGGAGAUGGUUGCUCGGGCUGAGCAGCUGAAGGGCCGUUUCCAUGGGGAUCCUUCUUUUGAGUACGAAUGCACUGAGAUAAAUGCAGAAGAUGCCGAAAGAUUGUUUGAAGGUGGUAAGGAGCUCAUGAUCAAGGAGGAGUCCCGCCUUGUAGCUACGAUAGAGCAGAUAGACAGAGCAGUUGGUAUCAUCCCCCGGGGGGCAUUUGUGAAGACUCCUCUUGGGUCUGUGCAUGAAAACAGAAACUUUGAAGGUCUUUCUCUGACGGAGGCAAAAAAGUUAAGUUCCUAUUUCCAUUUUACUGAGCCUGUUAACCUGAAGGAUAAAACCCUGCUGGAAAAGGCUGACCUGGACCCAUCCACUGACUUUCUAGACUCUCUGGAGCACGAUAUCCCACCAGGCUCCUGGACUGUCCAGCUAGAGAAGGGAGACACUGUGGUGGUGCUGCGGAGCCUGCUGUGGCUGGGACUGACGUUCUACCAUGUCCCAAUGACCAAACAAUAUGGCUACGUCUACUUUGGCACUGGUGAGAAGAACUUAGAUCUGCCCUUCAUGCUGUGACUCUCCUAUCUGGGAUGAGGACUUGAGAACAUUUAGAUUUUAUACUUACAUUUUUGUUUACUGCUUGUUCUAAUAAAUGUGUGGAACCUC